AUGGCGGGGAGCCGGCGCGCGGCGAUCCCGCCGAGUCGGGCGGAGGCGCUGCGGCCCGUCUUCGACUCGCUGUGCGCGUGGCUCAACUUCAGCGACGAGACGAAGCACCAGGUGCGGCCGGGCAUCCUGCACGGCGACCACGUCGCGCCGUGCUUCCGCGAGUUCCGGCGGGACUACCUCGAGCCGGCGGCGGCGGCAGCAGCGGGCAGCGGCGCGGCCCCGGCGCUCGCGCACGUGCGCUGCGAGGAGCUCGAGCGCUUCUGCCGCGAGACCGGCGCGUUCGGGCUGCCGGCGUACGCGGCGGCGCGGCGCCCGCCCAAGCACGGCUGGACCGCGGUCGAGCACGCGGCGCGCUUCGUGGUGCGCGUGCUGCGGCGCAGCUGGGAGGAGGGCGGCGAGUGGACGCACGGGCGCUUCGGGCCUCCCGCCGCCGCCGACGACGACGACCCCGACCUCGCCGCUGAGUCCGACUUCGUCCAGGUCUGGGCCGUGCUGCGCUAUCGCCAGGCCGAGUGGGAGGCGGCCAACCUCGAGCACUGGGACGUCGAGCGGCUGUACAGGACCUUUGCGGACGUGCUGCCGAGGGCGGCGUAA